AUGGUAGCGGGCUACUCUACACAGGUUGCGAGACUUGUAGUUUUCUGUAGUGUGAACACUUUUCUAACUGAUAUACCAUUUUUGGUGGUAGCCUUAGGAACGAUUAUCAAAACGAGUAACUGUAUAAUAAACGAAUCUAAGAACAUUAAUAACAUAAUACUAAAUUCUACGAAUCAAAUAAAUUUUCUUGUAGUGCAUAUGACUGUUUCCACGACUUUGUUUUCUACAAUGCCUUUCGUACCACCUUUGCUGGAUAUCAUCUUACCUCUAAACAAAUCUCGGGAACCAAUGUACUCUUAUCCAGCUUAUUACGGAGUCGAUAACGAGAAGUAUCAUUUCGUCAUAGUCGCGCACAUGACAGCCAUACUGUUCUUUACCAAUGUUCUAUAUUGUGCUUGUGACAUGAACUACGUUUACAUUGUGCAACAUGCCUGCAGUUUAUUAGCCAUUACAGGACAACGUUUUAAGUGCGCGUGUUACGAUCAGGACACUUGUAAUAAGAUGAAGAUGCGCAGGAUAUACAGGAAUGUAUGUGAUUCCAUUCGAACUCAUCAACGUGCUCUAACUUACGUGAACCAAGUUGGAAGUGCUUACGACAUUAGUCUCUUCGUCUCAAUGGGACUGCUGCUGGGUAGUAUCACCCUUUCUCUAUUAAUGGUGACUAGCAGUGAAUUUGGCAUGAUGUGGUUCAUCUACAAUGUGUUUCUAUUGACUCAAUUGUUACAUGUAUUUUUCUUAGUCGUUCAGGGCCAAUUUGUGAUCAAUUCUGAAGACAAUCUCUAUAAAACCAUAGGGGAGGCAACGUGGUACAAUGCCACAAACGAAACAAGAACGCUAUACGUUUUAGCUCUGAGGAGAAGUUUGACUCCUCCACUGCUAACAGCUGGGGGUUUUGUAAAGUUGGAUUUGAAAACCUUCACCGAGAUUUUAAGGGCAUCAGUUUCAUACUAUACGGUAAUGAAAUCUAAAUAA